UCACUUCUUUCUGCAAAAUAACCAAAGACAACAGAAUGACGAAGGCUGUAUUGCUUCUCCUAGCUAUCUUUCUCUUCUCCGUCACAACACCACCGUUUCCAGCGGCUGACGGAGCUUCACCUGAUACGGUGCUUGACAUAGCCGGUGAGAAGCUCCGAGCAGGCGUUAGUUAUUAUAUCUUGCCAGUCAUCCGCGGGAGAGGCGGUGGGCUCACCCUUGCCAGCACUAGGAACAAGACCUGCCCGCUUGAUGUCGUUCAGGAGCUUCACGAGGUAUCCAACGGUCUCCCAGCGACGUUUUCCCCUGUGAACCAGACAAAAGGUGUCGUACGCGUAUCCACAGAUCUGAACGUCAAGUUCUCUGCCUCGACAAUUUGUGUUCAAUCAACGGUGUGGAAGCUCGACAAGUUUGACGAAUCAAGAAGUCAGUGGUUUGUGACGAGUGGUGGGGUUGAAGGCAACCCAGGUCGGGAAACGACGAGCAAUUGGUUUAAGAUUGAGAAACAUGAUAGGGAUUACAAGCUCGUUUUCUGUCCCACGGUGUGCAAUUUCUGCAAGGUUUUGUGCAGAGAUGUUGGCAUUUACAUUGAGGACGGCAGGAGGAGUUUGGCUCUGAGCGACGUGCCGUUUAUAGUUAUGUUCAAGAAGGCAUAAAUUGUAUUCCAUGAGCACUACACUAGUGUGAAUGUAUGGUCCUUCUCUAUUUGAAUCUUAAAGUCUAAUAAAAGAGGUGGGUUGCCAAUAAAAUUCGGGCAUUGUAAAACUUAGGGACAAAUGAUUUUGUUUAUCUUAA